AUGAAUUCGGUGGCUGGGAAUAAAGAGAGAAUUGCAGUCACCACCCGAAACAGGAAAUAUGGGGUGAACGAUUCCUGCUCCCCUACCAAAUCAGCGGCGCCCUUCUCGCCGGAGAGCUGGUACAGGAAAGCUUACGAGGAGUCCCGGUCCAGCAGCCGCCCCGCCCCAGAAGGCGCAGGCUCGGUGGUGGGCUCCUCCGGCACCCCUUCGCCUGGCUCGGGAACCUCCUCGCCUGGCUCCUUCACCGGCUCUCCCGGCCCCGCUUCCCCGGGGAUCGGCACCAGCUCUCCCGGGUCACUAGGCGGCUCGCCCGGCUUCGGCACCGGCUCGCCCGGUUCCGGCAGCGGAGGAGGCUCCUCCCCGGGCUCCGAUCGCGGCGUGUGGUGUGAGAACUGCAACGCCCGCUUGGUGGAGCUGAAGAGACAGGCGCUCAAGCUGCUGAUCCCGGGGCCUUACAGUACCAAGGAUCCAGCAUUUUCUUCAGUGAUUCAUGACAAACUACAAGUUCCCAAUACUACCCGGAAAGCAUGGAAUGAGAGAGACAACCGGUGUGAUGUGUGUGCCACUCACUUGAAUCAGCUGAAGCAGGAGGCUAUUCAGAUGGUCCUGACACUUGAGCAAGCAGCCAAUGCUGAACAUUGUGAUGCUUCUCCUGGCUCUCCUCCUCCCCUUCCCAACAUUCCCACCUUAGUGGGUUCUCGACAUAUGGGCAGUGUGCAACCCAGAGACUGGGCAUACUUGUCUGCCCCUUAUGCUACUUCCAAUUAUGCUGGCUUUCUGCCUAACAAACUCAGUGGAAAAGUGAACAACAUAGGAAUCGUUAAUGGGAUAGAGAAGAAAAAUGGUUCCUUGGGACAUCAGACAAAGGUCAGUGUACAGAUGGCUACCAGUCCCAGCAAUGGUAACAUCCUGAAUUCUGUGGCUAUCCAGGCUCAUCAGUACCUAGACGGCACCUGGUCCUUGUCAAGAACAAAUGGUAUUACUCUGUAUCCCUAUCAAAUUUCCCAGUUGAUCACUGAGUCUGGCCGAGAGGGACUGACUGAAGCUGUGCUGAACCAUUACAAUGCAGAUAAACCUUCCUUGUAUAGCUUCCCCAGCUCCCAAAGUACCUGUGUGGCUAGUGAUGCCUCCACAGGUACCUCAGUGGCAGCUUCCUUUUUUGCCAGAGCUGCUCAGAAGUUGAAUCUGUCAUCCAAAAAGAAGAAGCAUAGGCCGUCUGCAUCCUCGGUUUCUGAAUCUCAUCUAUUUGCCACCAAAUUCAGCAUGAUCCUACAGACAUCCCCUCCACCUGCUCCACCGUGUUUAUUAAGGGCAGUCAGCAAGGUGAAAGAUACUCCAGGACUGGGCAAGGUGAAGGUCAUGUUGCGGAUUUGUUCUACUCUGGCCCGGGACUCUUCAGAAUCCAGUUCCUUCUUAAAAGUUGAUCCCCGCAAAAAACAAAUUACUUUAUAUGACCCACUGUCUUGUGGAGGCCAGAAUGCUUUCCAAAAAAGGAGCACACAAGUACCACCCAAGAUGUUUGUAUUUGAUGCAGUUUUCCCUCAAGAUGCUUCCCAGGCUGAAGUAUGUGCAGGAACUGUAGCUGAAGUGAUCCAGUCUGUGGUGAAUGGUGCAGAUGGAUGUGUAUUUUGUUUUGGGCAUGCCAAACUCGGAAAAUCAUACACUAUGAUUGGAAAAGAUGAUUCCAUGCAGAACCUUGGCAUAAUCCCUUGUGCCAUCUCCUGGCUUUUCAAGCUGAUUCACGAAAGGAAAGAGAAAACAGGAGCACGUUUCUCGGUCCGAAUCUCUGCAGUAGAAGUGUGGGGAAAAGAAGAACAUCUGAGAGAUUUGCUGUCAGAGGUGGCAACAGGCAGCCUACAAGAUGGUCAGUCGCCAGGUGUCUACCUAAGUGAAGACCCCAUUUGUGGCAUGCAGCUUCAAAACCAAAGUGAACUCCGUGCUCCCACUGCAGAAAAAGCUGCUUUCUUUCUUGAUGCAGCAAUUGCCUCACGUCGAAGCAGUCAGCAAGAUUGUCAGGAGGAAGAGCAGAAGAAUUCACACAUGCUCUUCACUUUGCACAUCUAUCAGUAUCGAAUGGAGAAGAGUGGCAAAGGGGGAAUGUCAGGAGGCCGCAGUCGCUUACAUCUCAUUGACCUGGGAAGCUGUGUUAAACCUCUCAGCAAAAACCGUGAAGGAGGUUCUGGGCUCUGUCUUUCAUUGUCUGCAUUGGGCAACGUCAUUCUUGCCCUUGUCAAUGGCAGCAAACACAUUCCGUACAAAGACAGCAAGCUGACCAUGUUGCUCCGAGAGUCCCUUGGGAACAUGAACUGCCGUACCACCAUGAUAGCUCACAUUUCAGCAGCUGCAGGAAACUAUACUGAAACCCUUUCUACUAUCCAGAUUGCAUCCAGGGUUUUAAGAAUGAAGAAAAAGAAAACUAAGUAUACAUCAAGCUCUUCUGGGGGAGAAAGCUCUUGUGAAGAAGGGAGAAUGAGGAGGCCAACUCAACUUAGACCUUUCCAUUCACGGAAUGUUGUUGAUCCAGACUUCCCAAUUCUUCAUUUGUCAAGUGACCCAGAUUAUUCUUCUAGCAGUGAACAGUCAUGUGACACUGUCAUUUAUGUUGGCCCUAAUGGAACAGCUCUUUCUGACAAGGAGCUGACUGAUAAUGAAGGCCCUCCUGAUUUUGUCCCCAUAGUUCCUGCUCUUCAGAAAACUAAAAAUGAAGGCAAGUUGGAAGAAAUGAAUGAGACAGCCCCUGACACCUCUGAAAGAGAUUGCUUGAAGUGCAAUACAUUUGCAGAACUCCAAGAGAGGUUAGACUGCAUUGAUGGCAGUGAAGAGACAGACAGAUACCUUUUUGAAGAACUACCAGUUCAGUUUAACUCAGACCCAGUGACUAAAUGUCCUUUAUCAGGCCAAGAGGCAGAGCACUGUAAUGCAUCAGAGCCAAGCAGGGAAGAUGAGCUUGUGGUCUCCCCAGAACCUGAUAAAGAUGCCAAGGAAAACUUAAACGCUACAGCCAGCAAAAUUCAGGGAGCCCACUCCCCUGUUCACAGUAGGAUGCUUAAUGAGGUUUCCACUCCUCAGGCCCUUUGGAAUGUUACAGGCAGCCCUAGUAGUCAGAUUAACCGUUCCCAGCAACCUCACUGCACAGACCUGCAAAGCAGUCGAGAAAGCCUUAAUAGCUGUGGCUUCAUAGAAAGCAAGCCACGGCCCAUGGGAUCACCACGGCUUGGUAUUGCCAGCCUUUCAAAAGCCUCUGAUUACAAACCACCAGCUUCUCCUUCUCAGAGGUGCAAAGUUUAUACUCAGAAAGGGGUGUUGCCCAAUCCAGCACCUCCGCCAUCAUCAUUAAGCAAAGAUUCGGGUAUGGUAUCCAGUGAAUCUCUGAUGCAAUCUGAGAUCCGGACCCCUCCCAUUGGAAUGAGCCCUCAAAUCCUGAAAAAGUCACUCUCCUCUAGCAACAUUGAUUACAGAGAGACAAUUGACAGUGUAGAGCAGCAGCAACAAUCGCUUUCUCCAGAAUCAAAGAAGGAGAUUUUGAGUACGACUAUGGUCACAGUUCAGCAGCCAUUAGAACUUAACGGGGAGGAUGAGCUGGUAUUUACCCUAGUUGAAGAGCUGACCAUUAGUGGAGUUUUGGAGAAUGGACGGCCAACAAGUAUCAUCAGCUUUAACAGUGAUUGUUCUGUACAGGCACUGGCCUCUGGAUCUAGACCAGUCAGUAUUAUCAGCAGUAUUAGUGAAGAUCUUGAGUGCUACUCCAGCACAGCUCCUAUUUCUGAGGUAAGCAUUACCCAGUUCCUGCCUCUUCCAAAAAUGGGGCUGGUGGACAAAGCCGAAGAAGCUGAAAGUAGACGUUCCUCUAUUAGCUCAUGGCUGAGUGAAAUGAGUACUGGAAGCGAUGGUGAGCAGUCAUGCCACAGUUUCGUAGCACAGGCAUGCUACGGCCAUGGAGAAGCAAUGGCAGAAACUCCUAUUUCUGAGUGUGCAAGAGCAGUCCAGAAUAAUAGUUCUGUUUGCAUAAAUGACAAGCAAAACCGUCGGACUGAGGAUAUGUUUGUGUCACCAGAGGGGGUUGACAAAAGUAUUAAUAAAUUAUCUCCCAUCAGAAGCUGUAAAAUAUCAGCACUGGAAAAGGCUACAGUUACAAUAUCAAACACUACAAGCCUAAGCAGUUGUGAAGGGUUCAUUCCAAUGAAGACCAACAUUACAGUAUUCCCAUGUAUUGCUGUUAAUUCUUUUAAGGCCCAAGAGAGCCAUGAGGCCAUAUCAGCAGUGUCAUCACCAGCCCAAACUCCCUAUCCUCAUGAGGGAAAAGAAUCCAGUGGAAGAAAAGACAUAAAAUUUGAUGAUCCUUGGCUAAAGAGGGAAGAUAGUACAAAAAAUGACCAUGGUGGUCCUAAGGCUGAGCAAAAUAAGAAACAAAACUCUGCUGACAGGUUCAGUAGCAGCAGCGGAGAGAUUUCAAGUUCACCAGGAACUGAAAACCCAAGGAGGGUUGUAGAUGAAUGUGAAGUGGGACUGUCCAGUUCUGCAACCCACAGCCCCCUUCAUUCUACUGAGAGUUUGAAAAAUGGCAACCUCAGCAGAGGAUUCCAGAAGACCAACAAGUUGGAGGAACUUGAUGCAGUUUCCUAUCAUUAUAUAGAGGAGAGUGGUGCCAUGAGCUGUUCUGUGUCAUCUCAAACACCGAAAGCUAGUUUGGAAAGAAAGAUUGCUUCUCCCAAGCAAGGUGUUCUUACCCGCCCCAAAGGAACACCACCAUUACCUCCUGUGAGGAAAUCUAGCCUUGACCAGAAGAAUAGAGCCAGUCCCCAGCACAGUGCUUGUAGCAGUAGCACCAGUAGCCCUUCCAACCAACCACCCUCUUUUUUGGCGAGCUUUCCUGAUGAACUGAGUGGGAAACAAAAGGGUCCCAGUAUGGAGAGUGGGAACAAUAGUAGCAGUAAAUUAUUUAGUGCAAAACUGGAACAGCUGGCUAGCAGAACCAAUUCUCUUGGAAGAUCUAAUGGGAGUCAUUACGAGUGCCUGUCCUUGGAAAGGGCAGAAAGCCUGUCCUCCGUCAGCUCCAAGAUGAAUACUGGGAAAGACACCACCAUGCCCAGAGCUGGCAGGAGCCUCAACCACAGUGCAAUAUCCUCCCCAACAAGCUCAGGCUUUUCCCAGUCUGCGGGGGCUUCACCGAAGGCCAGUCAAUCAAAGAUCUCUGCAGUGAGCAAGCUCCUUUUGGCAAGUCCAAAGGCUCGAAGUCUGGCUGCCUCCACCACCAAAACCCUCAGCUUUUCAACCAAGUCCCUUCCUCAGUCUGUGGGACAGAGUUCAAGUUUGCCUCCAAAUGGAAAGAACAUGUCCUGGUCAACUCAGUCUCUUAGCAGGAACCGGGGCUCUGGUCUUUCUUCCAAACUGCCCCUCAGAGCUGUUAAUGGAAGGAUUUCAGAACUGCUGCAAGGAAGCGCCGGCACCCGAGGAAUGCAGCUGUGCAGGAACUCGGACACAGAUGAACGCAACAGCAUUCACGGGGACAAAAAGCCACCUGUACACCUGCUCCCUUCACCGUACAGCAAGAUCACACCUCCUAGGAAGCCUCAUCGCUGUAGCAGUGGCCAUGGAAGUGACAACAGCAGUGUCCUGAGUGGGGAGCUGCCUCCAGCCAUGGGGAAAACAGCUCUGUUCUACCACAGUGGUGGAAGCAGUGGAUACGAAAGCAUGAUCAGAGACAGCGAAGCGACAGGAAGCGCUUCCUCCGCACAAGACUCUAUGAGUGAAAACAGCAGCUCCAUCAGUGGCAGAUGCCGAAGUCUUAAAAACCCAAAAAAGCGGUCAAAUACAGGUUCUCAGAGGCGGAGACUCAUUCCAGCUUUAUCUCUUGACACUACAUCUCCUGUAAGGAAGCCUACCAGCCCAGCCAUACGCUGGGUAGAUGGACCUUUGCGAAGUGCCCAGAGAGGGAUGGGGGAGCCCUUUGAAAUAAAAGUCUAUGAGAUUGAUGAUGUGGAACGGCUCCAGCGACGGCGCAUGGGGGAUAACAAUGAGGUGAUUUGCUUCAAUGCUAAAUUGAAAAUCUUGGAGCAUCGGCAGCAGCGAAUUGCAGAGGUCAAGGCCAAGUACGAGUGGUUAAUGAGAGAGCUGGAAGUGACCAAACAGUACCUGAUGUUGGAUCCUAAUAAGUGGCUCAGUGAAUUUGAUCUGGAACACAUUUUUGACUUGGAUUCCCUGGAGUAUUUGGAGGCUCUUGAAUGUGUGACUGAGCGGUUAGAGAAUCGUGUCAAUUAUUGCAAGGCCCACCUCAUGAUGAUCACCUGCUUUGACAUCUCUUCCAGACGUCGAUGAAGAAUUAACCUCAAGAAUGUUUUGGACUACUGCCAGACACCCCUUUCCUUCUUUUUGAACUAUAUCCCAAAGACCCAGAAUGAGGAUGAAGGUUGGUGUCAUGUUUUGACUAUGUGUAAGAAGAUGGAUUUUUUUUUCUAAUUAUGCGAAUAUAUGUUGGAAAGCAAAGACACUGAGAAAUAAGGAUGUGGAUUCUCCAAGCCUGAAAGAGCACUUUGAGAAAUCUUUAAGGACAUGUUUGUACAUAGGAACUGCUGCAGAAGCGAUUUACCCCCACCCCCACCCCAUCAGUAACUGAAGAGGGAGGAAGAAGCAGAUGUAGGGAACUGCUGAGAGCCCUGGUAUAGUAAAAAUACAUGGGAAAACUGUCUUAAGUGCCUUGCAAAUCUUUAUUAUCCAAACAUUUAUGUUCAUACUCCUUGUACAGAUGGUGCUAGUCGAGAAAAAGAAAAAGACAAAAAAAUCAAAUCACAUUUUUUGAAAUGUAUUUACAGCCUGUUAUUUUCACUUGGUGUUUUAUUCUAUUUCUGACUUGCUGUUUCUACGUAACUUGUGUUUGUAGAGAUAUUUCUUAUCCGAUACAGCAUAUAAAUAAAUGUUAACUGUCUUUUAUUGUUCAACAGCAGAGUAAGACCACUCAAAGAAAAAAAGAAGUUAGAAUUUCUAGAUGAAUCCCACAGAUGUUUGAUGUAACAGAGGAAAAUAGGUUUCCCCACUCUUAGUAAAAACAAAAAUGUGGAUUUUCCAAUGACAUGACAAGAUUUCAGUUGGCACUAAGAAAAUGAGGCAUCACAUAGUUUUUAAAUACGUUUUCCUUUGGGGUACUGAAAUAAAUACAUCGUUUGUUACGUGUAUUCGGUCAACGCUCCUAUUUUGUUUCUAUUUAACUGAGUAUACUAACUUUUCCUAGCGUUACAAUCAUAGACUCAUCAGAGUUGGAUUGGAAGGGCCUUGGAGAUCACCAUCUAGUCAACCUGUUUCCUCAGUACAAGUUGAGAUGGCUUGUGACUGCACUCACCUUCAUGGUUUCAAGAUUUAUAAACACAAGAAUUUAAUUGGUAAAUCAGGAUCAGAAUCUAUUUAGCUAGCUCGGAAACCUUUGCAUGCUUACAGGUAUCAUCAUCAUCUCCUGAGGUUUUCCUCCAAUUCUGGGGAUACCUAAAUUGUCUGUUCUCAGCUAGGGAUGGUCUCAAUAACAGAACAGUUUUGCCAAAAGAGAAAGAAAAGGAAAAAAAUGGCAAAGUUGUUACUCAAAGGGAAUCUUUAAAAUUCUCGAUUUUUCCUAAUCAGAUAAAAAUAUUGGUAAACUGCAAGCAUUCAUAAUCUUUCCAUAGAAAGGCUGAAAGUAACUU